AUGUCACCGAUAGAAAGGGCGUUAACGAGGGUGGAGUGCCCAGCUAGUGGCGGCCCCUGCGGCGACUGGCGAGCACAGGCUCCGCAUAGGCAGUUCUUUGGUAUUCUGAAAAGAGAUCGUACCGUUAAGGUUACCAUAAACGGCACCUAUUACCACAUGGUUGCCCUUCUACGCCGCUACUCAUCAAUAGGAGCACGCAGGUCGGCUGAAAUAAGUACUACAAGAACAAGAGAGUAUCACCGUGGUGUUGGCGUUUCAAAAUAUGGAGUAUUGGUGGCUAGCGCGCUGUGCGCCCACUACAACAGUGCAGCACGGCAGACGGGAAGGCCUGUUGUCAAAGAGUUCUUAGCCAUUUGA